GGUGCCUCUUGCUCGUAGUAUACACGAGCAGCAGCGGUGGUGUCGGCGUAGGAGGAGGAGGAGGAGGAGUAGUAGUAGGGGAGCUCCGCGCAAAAGCUGCGGAGUGGAGGCGCAAAGUGCGAUAUAUAGGCAGAGAGUUCGCCGUGCCACACUGCUGCUAACUCUAUAAUACGCACACGGCACAAACGAAUGAUAGCAGGCCCCGCGCGUAAUGAGCAUUAGUAGUCGCCGCGACGCGCUCUCGCGCUCAUCCAAAGCCUCCUCCUCGUCGUCGCACUGAAGCAAAAGCAGCAGCAGCAGUAGUAGCGUUAUUAUAUAUUAUUGUACAUUAGCGAGCUGCAGUCGUGCACAUAUGUUAUUAUUGUCGUACGCGCAAACACACGUGCGCGCGCCCCGUUUUACGAUAUUACGAUAUAGUGUGCAGUACGAGUGCGUGCGCGCGAGCUUUACAGUUUAUUUUCACUACAUUAAAGUUGUUUGUAUCGUUGUUGUUUUAGCCUUGGCUGUCGGCACAAGCUGCUCGUGUGUCGGGAUUAAAGUGUCGAUCGUCUCUCUGCGGUGAUCGAGAUUGUGCAGAAAUAAAGAAAAAAAAAAGAAGAAGAGAAAAGGAAGGAAGCUCCGAAAUCGCGGCAGAAAAUACGCAUACACGAACGAGUUACAAUAGUGCCAGAGCUAUAUAGCUGAUAUCCUCGCGCGCGUGCAUGUGCUGUGUCAUUAUAAAUAAGUGUGUGUCAGUGUGUUGUGUGCCUGCAACAACAACAGCAACGACGACAACGACGACGACGAGGACGACGACGAAAAAUAAUAAAAAAAAAAGAGAGAAAUCAACGUCGAAUACCUCGUGCGAAUAGCAAAAAAAAAAAGAAGAAUCGAGUGAGUGUUUAUCAGUUCUGCGGAGACCGAAGUGAAACGUGACGUAAUUUUUUUUGUUUUUUUGUGUGUGCGUGCGCGAGUGCGACGACUACCGCGUGCAGCUGUUACGGCCAGGCAGGCAGGCCAUCUUCGUGUCCCAAAAGGGAUUUUGCAGCCCGCGGCGUGUACAAGAAGAAUAAAAAAAGCAGCAACGCCUUGGGUGUGCGUUGCGGCUCUAACGACGACCAAUAUGUGCAAAAAAUCAUCGACCAGUCUCGGCGGUAGAUUAUCAUUGAGGUAGAGAGAAGACUUUUUAUACACAGAUCGAGGCCCUGUUUUGUGCAUCGACAAAAGUCAUCGGCGUCACGAACGCAUAUACAAACCGACACUCGUCCACAUACAUAUAAUAAUAUAUACAAAGCAAAUAAAUCUUAAUGAGUUGCUAACGAUGUACAAUGAGCUACGCUCGAACGAUGCCAGACUGGCCGCAAUACAGCAGCCCGCUGAUGCAGUCUGGCGACAGUAGCGAGCGACAGCAGCAGCAGCAACAAAUACAACAAACUGUCAGCAGCAGUUCAGUAGUAAAUCAGCAGCAGCAGCAGCAACAAAUUUACAAUCAUCCUCUGGACUGCCUCUCGAGCGCGGGCAGCAGCAGUACAGGCAGCACCAGUAGCAACAGCAGCAACAGCAGCAAUGCCAGUAGCAGUGGCGGUAGCGGCAGCAGCAGUACCAAUGGCGCGACGUCCACCAGCAACAACAACAAUAACAAUAACACGAACAAGGGCCAGAACGAGACGGUGGCGUCGGCCUACUAUCAGCAGCAACAGCAGCAAACGACGUCUGUGGCGUCGAGCAGCGGUUCACCGUUGGCCAUGGUCCAGCAUCAUCCGGUCAUGGCCAGCUACGCCAUGGAGUCAGCUCACAACAACGUCACACAGCAGCAACACAGUCCAGCAGCGGGUCUUGGCCUACCGGAAGAGAUGGCGGUGGCUGUCCAACAGCAGCAACAGCAGCAACACCUACAGAGACAAGCCAUGGUCAGUCCAUCCGCGAGGCUACCCCCCGGCUUGGGGAUGAGCAGCGGCAUGACGGCCAUGCCACCUCAGCAGCUCAUGAGUCCGCAGCAGCAGCAACAACAAGUGCAGCAAGUGCAGCAAAGCAGACAAAGCAGCCCGUACACGCCGGCUUGUAAGGGACCUUGCUGUCAGACUACGAGCAUGAGGCAGCCGUACAGGUGGGACAAAAUCAGUGGAGCUGGUGGAGGUGCAUCGCAGCAACAGCAACAACAAGUGUACCACCACCCGUCGUCUCCGGUGCAGCAGCAGCAGGCCUCGGCCGCGGUAGUCGGCAGUCAUCCUUACCGCGACGUGGUCACGGGCGCCGCCGCGCAUCCGUCGCCGGGCUCGCCUUACGCGAACGCCGUUGGCGCGGUACCGCCUCGAGUGGCGGCCUAUCUACCGCCGUCUCGGGCUGACAUUUAUCAGCAGCAGCAGCAACAGCAACAGAGGCAGAGGAGGUAUCAGCUCAAAGAGCAACAGAAGCAGCAGCAGCAGCAAAGCAAUCAACAGCGAGUCGUGUACCAGCAGCAGUUGUCGGCUGCCGCCGCCGCGACGACGCCGGGCAUGCACAGCUACACUUACACCGAGUUCCACGCCAAGUACUACAACAGAUCGACCGGAGGAGCGUCGACGUCUCCCACGGCCAUCAAUCCGAUGAUGGCAGCCAUGCAGGAGCAGCAGCAGCACAAAUACAAACAGCAGCCAGUACAGCCACCGCCACAGCAGCAGCAACAGGUCGUCGCCGCGGCUAACGCGACGACACCCUCGUCGGCUGCGGCCGCCUACCACCACAUGCAGAACGGAGCUACGCUCAUGCUGCCGGCCAGCGCGACGGCUUACUACAAUCCUGCGCCGAUGGGAAGUCGCGGCGAUCCGACCGAACCGCCCGGCGGCAGAGUCAUGUCGACCAAGGACCAAGACGGCAGCAUCGGCAGCAAUGGUAGCAGUAACAACAGCUACCUGCAGCAUCAGAGCUACCUGCAGAAGCUGGCGAUGCAGCGCUGCAGCGUCGAGUCGCAUCUGCGCGAGUUCGCCCGGGUGCCGGGCUACCAGGGCCACCCCAAGUACCAGGAGUACAUGAUGAAGUAUCGGCAGAUCGCCCGGAUGCAGCAGAGUCUCGAGUAUCAGCAGCAGCAACAGCAGCAGCAGCAACAACAGCAAUCGGGGGCCGUUCAAUAUCAACAGCAGCAGCAGGCGGCGAUCGUCAAGCCGCAUCUGCAGUUCGAUCAGAACGGCGUGCUGAUCAAUUCCAACGUGGUGCCGGCGGGACCUGGCUCGGCUUACGGGAUGCCGCCGAUGCAGCCGCAGAUGGGGCCCAUUCCCCCGCCCAUGAAGGACAAUCUCUACGACGCCAAAGCGAUGCAAGCGAUGGAGCACGUGAUGCAACAGCAGCAGCACCAGCACCAGCAGCACCAGCUCGGGCUGACGAAUCAGCAUCAGCUGAUACCGAACGAUCAUCACCUGCAUCAUCAGCGUCAUCUUCAUUCGCAGCAUCAGCAACAACCGCAUCCUCAACAGCAUUAUAUGAGUCAAACGUAUCAUCAACAGCAGCAGCAGCAGCAGCAGCUGUAUCAGCAACAGCUGCUACACCAUCAACAGCAGCAGCAGCAACAGAGACACCUGUCGCAUCAUCCACAGCAACAAAUGCAUCCGCUCAUGCAUCAUGCCCAGCAUCAUCUCGAUCAAUCGCCGCAUCAGCAGCAACAGCAACAUCAACAAUUGCAACAACAACAGCAGCAACAGCAGCAGCAACAGCAACAGCAACAAUUGGAAGACGAGGCGGAGGACGAGCAGCGCAGAAAGAUCAGCAAGGACUUCGCCGACAAGCCGCACAUAGACCUGAAGCAGUUCCUCGAGAAUUGGAACGAGAGGGAGGAGGACGAGGGUCUCAUCGGGCAAAACGUCAUUCUAACGGAAAACACUCCGAUCGUCUUGCUGGAGUACAACGGCGGCGGCGGAGCAGCGACAACGGCAGCCGAGGAAGUCGUCGUGCAGCCACCCGCGGGCCUCCUCGAGCAGGCUCAUCAUCACCAUCACCACCCGCAGACGAUAUGCGUGGCGACGACGAGCGGAAGUGGUGUUAUAGAACCCGCUGCCUUGAGCCUGGUCAACGGCGAGGUCACCGCCGCCACAGCCACCACCACCGCCGUCAACAUAAUCCGAUGCAUAAGCAGCGGUGGAAGCGGCGACGAGGUGCCGACCAUUCACAUACUCGACGCCAACGAGGAGCUCGUCAAGACGGCCUUUCAGCAUCUCAGCGGGCCCGCGGAUCACGUGCUCAGCAUCGAGGACUUGGUGAACAAGACCGUGACGGCGGCUACGGCUACGGCACUGAUUACGACUACGUCGACGACGGCUACUACGGCUUCCGAUAAUACCGCAGCCGCCGUCGUUGCCACCUCUGCGGCAGCGGCGGAGCUGUCGUUCCUUAAUGCCACGGCGAUGCUACAGUCGGAACCACGCCAAGAUUCACCCGCCACCGAUAAUACCACGAAGCCCGAUAGCGAGAAAGAGCUCGCUAAAGACGAAAAUCAAGCGAGGAAUGCGACGUCGAGUUUAUCAUCAUCGCCACCAACGUUGCCACAAACGACGGCCCCGGUCUCGGCGACAGAGAACGCCAGCGAUAAUGCGACGACGAAAAGUCAGGACAAGGACGACGAUAAAGCUACCGGUGUUGUGGUGUUGACCUCGACGUCGACGAGCAGCGCAAUAACAACAACCGCGGUGGAAACGUCGACGUGUACCACAAGCUGCAACGGUGCUAGCGGUCUCGAAAAUGGCAACAACGAUCUCGAAAACAAAAACGACAAAACCGAGGCAGCAGCAGCAGCAGCCACGAACAACAACAUCAUGGCCGUCGGCGAGGACGACACUCGCACGACGAACGACGAGCUGAGCCUGCCCGAGAUACCGUGCUGCAUCACGAGCACGACCUUGAACACGCCCACGCAGUCCGACAACGAGGAGUCGUCAUCGUCGGCGGCGGUGCGCGUCCAGUCGAUGGAGGAAGUCACUAGUGGUGGUGGUGUGAGCUUCGCCGAGCACUCGCCCAUAAAGUUCCAGAAUGGCUCGACGACGACGACGACGACGAGCCUCGGGAAUGACGAGUUGCACUUUGGCUUUCGGAAUGCCAAUGAGGUGACUAGUCCUACUACGAAAGCCAGCGAGAAAGAAGUCGCGGAUCGCGAGGAGCAGAGCAGCAGCAGUGGCAACGAUAAUCAACAGCCGGAAGUGGCAACGACGACGACGAAACCGAGUAGCUGCAACAGUAUGCCGCUGUUGACGACGACGACGAGCCAUCCCGAGAACAUCAACUCGGCCAUCGACUUCUCGGACCUGUCCAACUCGUCGUCGAGCGUGAUGAUCCACGGCGACGAGCCGAGGAUGCCCGCCCCGCCGAUGGAGGGCAACUGCUUGACGAAGAUCAUCAAGGACACGCCGCCCAUCACCAACAUACGGGUCUUCGACUCGGACGACGAGAAGGUCAACGACAUGUGGCUGGAGCUCGACAAUCAUUUCGGCGAUCAUCAUCGACUCGUCGAGGAAAAACAACAACAACAACAAGUGCCAAUGACGACGACGACGGCGGAAUCGAGCGCGCGAAAGACCAGCAGUCUAAGGCUCUUUAGAAAGAUUAAAUCAGGCCUCAUCAAUAUAGCCGAGCAGCAGCAGCAGCAGCAGCAGCAAAUGACGGAUGCGACGAAAGGUCAGUUACCUAGGGCGAGCGAGAAACCUCAGGAAGUCGUCGUAGCUGCUACUGAGAAGCCCGCGCAAGUGACCGCCGCCGCCGCAUCAAUGCCAAUACUCGUGCAAAAAGACGUCGUUGCUACUGCUGUAACAACGACGACGAUGAGCGAAAAGUCGAGCUUGGAAAUGCUGCCGACUGAACGCAAGCCCAGAAAAUCCGUGGACUCGGCCUUGAAGAAUUUCAGAAUCGAGAGACUGAACUUUCCGCGUAAACGGGCGCGCUCGGUCGAGGCCGAGGCCCAGCAACAACAGUGCACCGAACAGCAGCAGCAGCAACAAUCACAGCAGCAGCAGCAAAGCAACGAGGACCUGUUCGACGAGUUUCGCAGUAUUAAGAAGGCGCGCAAGGGCAUCGGCCAGAUGCAGGACGACAUCGAGAUGCUCAAGAGCAGCAUCGACGAGCUGAGAAACGGCGUCAAUAUCAACAAUAAUAACAUUCCGGUUUUUCAUAAUAAUAAUAAUAAUAACAAUUGUGUGUCCACGAGUGUCACCGACCACAGCAGUAGUAGUGGCAGUGGUAGUCCGACAUCGUCGUCGCCGACGCAGCAGUUGAUAUUCAACGCGUCGCUGCCUCUGCUGCCCGAGACGAAAUUCAACAACGCGCGGCAGAGGACGUCGCGUCAAGCGUCGCCUCCCCCGCCGCCGCCGCCACCGCCGGCUUCGAUCGACGAGAGCUUGACGAAGCCCGCGACGAGCGAGGAGACGAGCAGCAGCAGCAACAGCAACGGCAGUACGAAAAGCUGCGUCGACUCGGACAUCAAGAUACAGCUGCCGAACGUCGAGCUGCAGAUCACCGACAAAAAGGAGACGAGCUGCUGCAACGGCUCUACGUCCAGUUCCACAACGACGACAACGGCGACGAGCAGCUCGAAAGAGGCCAUCAAGAUCGAGAUCAACGUGUCGCGCGUCGAGAGCCAACGCUCCAACGACACGGAGAUCGUCAGCACGUCGAAUCAGCUGCUCAACAUCUCGCUGCCGCCGACCAAUUGCGUGCUGGACUGUCGCGCCUCCAUCACGACGACCAGCGAAGAGGAGGAGCAGCGCGAGAUAGUCAGCACCAGCUGCGAUCUGUCCGUCAAGGAGGUCGUGCCCUGCAGUACCGAAGAAAAGACCACUGUGACUCAGCUCGAGGCUGAGAAGAGCAACGACGUCGUCGUGGAAAAGACGACGACGAACGAUAAGAUCGUCGAGGAGGCUUCGAUCGAUCUGCUCGAGAAAAGCAAGAGUCUGGAGGCUGUGAUACUGCUCGAGAAGGAGGAGGAGCACACCCUGACCUUCGUCAAUCAGAAUGCCUUUCUGGACAACGACGCUCUCGCCGAUCGUUCGGAAAGCAAGGACGACAAGCCUACUACGAACUCGACAGCGAUGAUUUCUUCACCGAAAAAAGACGAAAAAAAGCUCGACGAUAAGAGCUUACUGAGACAGCUGGAGCAAGAUCUGUCGAGCUUCAAGUCCUGUCUCGACGGCCUCGACGAGAAGCCCACUGUCGCGGAUAUUUUCAAGGUGGACAAAACCGAGGUGCUGGACGCCGCCGAGUUUCCCAUAGAAAAGCUCGAGAAGUCGGAGUCGUCGAACGAGACGACUUUUCGUAAACGAGACGAAAAGCUCAAUAAGCACAACGGUAAUAAUGCAUCCGUCGAAGCGGCCACCGACGAGGCUCUGAAGCAGAUCAUGAAGAGCCAGCGUCUGAUCGACGAGGUGCUGGCCGACGCGAGCUGCAUCAAGAACAACAACUUCAUCGACUGUCCGGUGGUGGUGGUGGAAUCGGCGGCGGUGCCGAGCUGCUCGAAAGACGUCGCUGAUACGGAUUUCGACAAUUUCGACGUCGAGCCCUACACCGGCCAGUGCGACGACGUGAGUCUGCCGACGACGAAAGCCGCGGGACGACGAGACAGCGUCGCUUCCAGUCACGCCAGCAGCAGCGGCAGCUGUGGUACAACAGUCGCAGCCGCACUAUCGGAUCCUCUGCUGGACAAGAUGGGCAAUCUCGACCAGGUGCCCGUCUACACGACCAAGGACGGCAAGAUACAGUACAGUCCGAAUCCGAGGUACACGUAUCGGGCCCUCGUCAUGGAGGCGAGACGGCGCGAAGGACAGCACGGCGGCGUUGGUGGCAAAUUAUUUCCGCAGCAGCAGCAGAGCUUCAACGGGACAAAGACCAGCACCAGCAGCAGACCCGGUGAAACGAUCGACCGGCAUUACAGCGACGAGAGGCGACGCAUGAAGCCCUACAGCCGCAAGGACAAGUGCAAUCGUCGCAGGGAGAAGAGCAGCGAGGAAUCGCGCCCAGUGAGUGACGAGAAUAGUGUGCCAGCAGCGGUGGCUUGUGAUGAUAAUCAAAGUGACUGUGCGCCAGUAGUGAAGAACAGUGGUGGUGGUAAUAGUGACGUCAAAGUAGUGCCCCAACAACAACAACGAGUUGACACGUGCGCGCUCGAUAAUGUAAACAAAGUGACGAGUAGUAGUGUCGACGCAGACGACGAGAAAGCAACAGCAACGACAGUAGUGAAAAGUGCCACCGAAGUGAUACUGAACGAGAGCGAUUUCGAGCAAGUGGCCGAACUCGCGCCAGCCCCCGUGGAAGACGCCGCCGACCAGGCGGUCGACGAGAAGUCCAUGAUGGAGAUCAGCCGCUGCCCCUCGCCGCCGCCCGACCACCUCAACUUUCGGCAGCUCUUCAACGACUGCUCCAUGACGAUGCUCAAGUUUCGCUCGCCCCGAGUUACGUCGCCGCCGCCCCCCUUGACCGUCAGCAAGCGGCUCAACGAGUCGCUGGAUCAGCUCGAGGACGUCAUCAAGGGUAACGUUACCCUCGACGAAAAAGACACCAAGAUCGUUAGUGUUGAUCGAUGCAUCGUCGAUCUGACCAAUCUGCAGCAGGACAUACUGAGGAAGCUCGAGGACGAGGAGUCGAGAUACAAGAGCCUGACAGCGAUUACCGCUACGAAAUCGGACGACAGCUGCGUCGUGAUCGAGGAUGAGGACGACGUAGACGACGAUGAAAAAUUCGAUUCUUCUUUUCUGACGAAAGUCAGCGAUACGAGUUGGUUGGAUUUGACGUUGGAAAAAGACGGCAAGGUGGAGAGCGACAAGUCUGAGUUGAGCGAAGACGGCAAAAAAAUAAAAGAUGACAAAGCCGAUCGGGAUCCGAGCGCGGAAAAUAAAGACUCGGAAAAAGAGGAAAAAACGUCGGACACGAUUGAUUUGACGAUCAAGAAGGAGAAAUUUUUUUCCGCCUUGGACAGCGCUUUGAAUAAACUCCACGAAACAUCGGAUUUUAAGUUGAAUACGAAAGAAGAAGAGGUCGAUUUGGUGAGCGUCAAGGAUAUACCUCUACCGAGCUUGAAAAAGAUCGCGAUCGACGGUUUGUCAAUGUCGACCAGUCGUAAAGAAAAAUCUGCACCGGCUUUGGACACCCGUCCAGAAAAUUCAGUUCCUGCUCCGGUCGAGGUCGAGGUCGAAUUAGCCUCGUCCGUUCCGGACAAAUCGACUUCCGAAUCGACGACAGCCGUCGAAAAAGAUGCUACCGCUUCGAGCUGCAUCUCAACAACGGAAAAAGAAACUUCGCCAGUUCCGGAUGCCAUCGAAACUUUCGAGGAGAAGGAAUCGGCGAACGAAAUGACCGAAAUUCCAUCAUCCGCGGUUGAAAAGAACGACGCCGCGGACGUUCCUCUGCCUUCCGAGAGCGAAUCUUCUGCUUCUUUGAAUUCUACGACCGAUGCUGCCGCUGCUAUCGAAGCGAAGGAGCAAACAGUCGACUCGAACGAACGGAAUAAAAAUUCGCUCAAUAUCGGUAACGAGCCCCAGACGGAGCCUAUCGAGAUCGAACACCAAACCGUGGAGGUGAUAAGCGACCCGUUCGAAAGUUCAUCGAUUUUCAACGAAAAUACAGGAUCUUUGUACCAGCCUCUGAUCAAAUCGGAAUCCUCCGCGCCCUUUACGCCGCUGCACGAACUGUUCGGCUCCACCGCCACCUUCGACGCGAUGGAGAGCGGCGAACAUUUAUCCAGCUACAAUUCGCCGCUGCACAUCGAUCAGGACAGCAUGAGCAAGAACGAGAACAUGUUGAAGGUUCUCGAGGAAGUUUUGGGAUCGUUCGAGCCCGCCGCCGCGGCCGCAAGCUCGAAAACCAGCGCCACCACCGGUGCAGAUAGCUCGAAAAGCAGCAACGAACAACGACUGCUCUCUAUGUUUGGAAAUGCCCUGGACGAUGGGUGUUCGAGUUACAAUAAACACCGAGUGCCUUCGCCGAUAAUCGAAGCGCCGGUAAAGCCCAAACCUCGACGGGGAAGGCCGCCGAAAGCUCUGAAAGCUGCGCAGCAGGCUGCUGCCGCCGCGGCUGCUGCUGCUGCUGCUUACGCCGCACAGACGCCGACACCUCCGCCCACGCCACGCUCCAAAUCCAGCAGGGAGGAACGAACGAGGAGGCGAAAAUCGCUGAAGCGCAAGAGACUGUCGAGCGACGAGUUCGGCGCUGGAUCAUCCUACGCGCUGCCCUGCUCGAUCGACAAGAGCAAGCUUGACUCGGACUUUUGCGAAAAGUUCCUCAAGGAGGAGAAGCUCUACGCCUCGCAGACCAACAACGACGUCCAACAAACGACGACGACGACGACGCCAGCCCCGCCGAAGACAGUACCGAAGCUCGUGAUACGCACCAAGGCCAGCAGUGCCUGCAGUGGCGUCGACGAGUCGACGAUGUCGUCGUCGUCGUCGUUGUCCACGUUAUCGCUGCAGCCGAAGAUCCCGAAGAUGAUCAUACGCAACGUCAUCAAGUCAUCGAGGCCGGCGACGCCGAAGAUCGAGGAGUUUUCGUCGGACAGCUCGAGCGAGGACGAGAUCAAGAGCAGCGGCAACGGCCAUCGGGUCAAGUUCAAGCUCGAGGACACCAGUAGCGAGGCCUCCUCGGCUGCCGCCGCCGCUGCCUCUGUGGCUCUGUACGAUUCCAAGGUGCCGAAGAUGAAGAUCAAGCUGGAGGAAAACCAGCCGAGGGUCGUGCAGAGCGCGGAGGUGCCGAACUCCAGCGAGCCCAAGAAUUUGCUCAAGAUGACCAUUACCAAUGUGAAGAGUUUGCCGAAGAUCACCGACAACAAGUCGCUGCACGAAGACAGCGGCAGCAACAAGCUAGACUCGAAUCCGUCCUCGGUCGAGCCGGCCAAGUUCAGACCGAAAAAAGAGUCGCCCAACUACUCGUCCUCGUCGGAGAAACGCAGCACUGCCAGUGUCCACGCUUCUCUGUCCAGGAGAUCGACGAAGCAGGGCCAACAAAAGCGAGAAAUCGACUCGGAAAGCUCCUCGUCGUCCUCGUCGUCCUCAACGUCGUCGUCGUCGUCGCCUUCGGACAGCGGAACGGAAUUCGGCAACAACAGCAACAAGAGCAAAAAGCGCAAGAAGAGCAGCGGCAGCAACAGCAGCAGCGGCGCGUCGAGGAGCAGCAGCAAAGUGCCCAAGGUCAUACUGAAGCGCGACUCGCCCAACGCCGAGUUCAAGUGCGAGCUGAGCAAGGAGGCGAUCGUGAACUCUCAGUGCCAGGUCGUCCUCAGACGAUCCAAGAUUCUCGACUACAUGGCCAAGGACAAGAGAAAGAUGAAGCUGGUCGUGAAGAUGGUCAAGGACGGCGAGACGAUGCCGGCCGCCGCUGCGGCAACGACAGCGGCAGCGAAGAUGGCGGAGGUGGAGGAGACGAAGAACGAGGAGAAGCCGAGGAUCGAGCAAGAGCCCGAGUCGAAGGUUUUACAGUGGCAAAGGUUCCUCUCGGGCUUGAAAGAGCAGCGGGAGCAGCUGUCGCGCUCCAGCUCGACCUCGGAUCUGGAUCGUUUCGCGCCACCACCGCCGACGACGACGACGAGCACUAAGAAUCGGCGCGCCUCCACCGAGCAGACCACCACCACUACGACGUCGACCUGGAGCGAGUCCACGAUGAUGCUCGACGCCAGCAAUACCGUAGAAAAAACGACGACGACGACAGAUCGAAAGCAGGAGGAUCAGUCGAGCUACUGGAAGUCCCUCGACGAGAACAUGAACAGCAGACUAGAUAACGGCGGCGGUGGUGCCGCGGACGACUUCAAGCCCCUGUCUACGAUCGUCGAGCUCGCUGCCGGCGAAGCGUCCUUGAACUCGUGCUGUCAGCAGCAGCCACAACAAGAGCAAGAGAUCAAGCUCGACUAUCCGAUGACGACGAUCGACGACAGCGAGAAGUUCAUCGUCGACAAGAACUUGGACGUGCACGAGGUCGAGGUGGACGGCACCACCAUGGACGACGAGCUGACGACGACGAGCAAGUACACCAACAACAGCGACGAGUGCAACGACCGGUCGAUCAUCAAGGUCGAGUCGUCGGACGACAGCCAGACGACCAUCGAGAUAAUGCCGGCCUCGCCCGUUGACAUGGAGGUGGCAUCGGCGGCGAAAUUAGAGGAGGACGAAGUGCACUACCAGCUGGAAAUGGAGAUCGACCAGCAGCAGCAGGAAAAGGAGGAGGAGGAAGGAACGACGAUGAUGCAAGUGCCGCUCAAUUGCGUCGUCGUCAAGGCGCAUCGUGACAAGAGCGCCGUCCUCUUGACGAACGACGACGACGACGACGACGACGAUGCAUCCUCGUCCACGGAGAGCCAUCGAGAGAUCACGGGCAUUCUCAUUGACGAAGAUCAAUUAGCAGUGAUAGAGGACGCCUCGAACAUCAUCAUCGAGGAGUCGGCGAGCUGCUCGUCGUCGUCGGCGGCUACGACUACUCUCCAGCAAGUAAUCAUCGAGGACGCCUCGAUGCUCGAGGUCGACGGCUCCUCCUCCUCGAUACAGCAUCUCUUCGUCCAGCAAGACUCGGCCAGCGCCUCGUCGCUGCAGCAAAUAAUCUUUCAUCGUCGACGACAACCGCGUAGAGAACGACGAGCGCAACAACAACGAGAAGAAAGUUUAGACCAGCUGGAGGAGGAGGAGCAAAGGGAUAGCGAGGAAAGAGUCGAGCAGAUCGAUCGUUGCUCCGAAUCGGAUCUGCUGAUGAAGGAAGUCAUGGCGGCCAAGGAGACGCUGAAAAAGUAUAUAGGCGAUCUAGCGAGCGAGCAGAUUGGAAAACAGACGACGAGCAAGACCGGUAGUGGCGGCGACGAUGAUGUAAUUAGAGACACCGAACCGACGAGCAAGAAGAGAAAAUUCGAAGUGAUCGGUGAGAUUGGUUCCGGAUCGAAGAGCGACUCAACGACGACGACGACGACGCACAAAUCGGAGAAGCGCAGUCGAUCGUCGAUCGAACAUCGGAACAAAUCUUCCUCCUCCUCCUCGUCGUCCUCCUCGCGUCAACAACAACAGCACAAGUCCAAUGGAUCGUCGUCGACGACGGCUGAGUCCAACGACAAAUCGUCCUCGUCAUCGGCGCCAACGACAAAAUCCUGCGAGAAAAACAGCUCCGACGUCGCUGCCAACAACAACGACGAAGACGAGGAUAAAGUCGACGGAGGCGGCGGCGACAACGACGAAGUUGCUGCUGCUGCUGCGGCCAAAUGCGUCGAGGAGGACGCGACCGAAGUCUCGGACGACAAGAUCGACCUGGACAGUGUCAAGGCCAAAGCGCUGAAGCUCGGUCCUGAGAUGACCAUGUCGAGCAUCGUCAAGGAGCUCGUUUUUCACAAUAAGGCGACGAUCAGACAUCGGCGUUACUGCGUGCUGUGCGAGCGAUGGUUCCCGUCGACCCUGCGCCACCAGCGUCACCUGGCCGGCUAUCAGCAUCGCCACACCGAGCUGACCCAGCGCCGGGCCAUACACAUGCUGUUCCUCCUGUUCACGGGCAAGUUGUGCCCGAAGCUGCUGCCGCCCGACGUCGUGCGCACCGAUUACCAGCUGAUGGAGCCGACCCCGCUGCAGGUCGUCGUACAGGACUUUGCCAGUAUUUUUAAAGGCAUGUAGCGUUGCCUGCCUGCCGAUUGAGCAAAAAAAAAAAAAACCCGACUGAAAAUCGUUAAAGGAAGAAGAAGAAAAAAGAAAGAAGACAGUAUAUCCUAAAGAAUAAAACCCUGCGCUGUACCGCACUUGAACCAAAGAAGAUUAUAGGAAAAAAAAAAGAAGUACAUUACAUAUAAUAUCGCGCGGAGAAGCGGACGCGACUAUCUGCUAUAGCAUAAUAUAAAUAAAUGUCUGUGUGCAAGCCAAUCGACGAUAAGAAAUGUCGGCCGCGUGCGUACGUACGUACGUACCACAUAUAUAUAUACAUAGUGUAAUAAUAACGAUAAUGUGUUAGUGUGUGUUAGUGUGUGUAUAUAUAUAUAAAACUAGGGUAAUUUGCGCACCGCGCGCGCGAGAGCUCGAGAUAAUAAUGUGCCUCGUGCGACAGCCUUCGACGUUUAUUUGUAUAACAUAACAAUGUUGCUCGUUGCUGCUGCUGCUGCUAAAGGAUCAUCAUCGUCGUCGCGGAGCCGAGGAGCACGAGGCACAAGAUCCGUAUAGGUAUAGCGAUGGCACGCGCGGUGUCGCCGCGAGACUGUGUACAGAGGGACCGUAAUGCAAUUUUUUUGUUUGUUUCUGUUUUCUUGUUUUGAUUUUAUUCCUUGUUUUUUACGUAAAUAAAAAUAAAUGCACGUGGCCGAGCUUUUUCCCGUCGUUUCGAGAUGAGACUUCGACCAGAUUAGAAUGUAAAAAUUGUGUAUAACGAUAAAGUAUGUGUGUGUGCGGGCUCGAUUCGGAGAGCGACGACGCCGAAUCUCUCGCUCUGGCACACACGUGUAGAUAAUAUGUUAUAUUAUAUGAAAAAAAAAAAUAUAUAUAUAUAUAGCUACGAAUAUUGUAUAAUUGUAUAUUCCAGAUGAAUACCAAAAUCGUUCCACGCAUAACUGUGCCGCAUUAUAUUAUAUUAUACUAUAUUAUAUUACAUUGUAAUAAACUCUACGACUCUUACUCUCGUGUAAAUAUUUAAAUAAUAUAUAAUUGUACAUGGAGUUUUGUAAGUUUUUGCGCGUUCUCGACUGUCGUAAUUGUACGUUUAAGUGUAAGAUAACAAACAAAAAAAAAAACGAGUGAUAUACGGAGAGGUAAGUUUUUUUUUUUUCGACGUACCUUUUUACGUGUGCAUGUUGUACUAUCAGUGUCAAAAAAAAACAAGUGUACGAUUGUGUGAGUAUUUGUGACGUAUCAAAUGAAAAAAUACAGUAAAAUUGUACACGCAAACAUUUUUUUUGUCAGACUUCGAACGAUACCCCGUCGAACGAGAGCCUAUUUGAAUUUUGAGUUGCUGCGCGAAAAAUUUAACAGGCAGAUGCGAAUAGAAAAAAAAAUAGCUAAAUCGUUCGAUCUGAACAACAAUUGUUAUUAAGUUGUAUACAUUUAUUGUCAUCGAAAAUGUGAACUGUACACUGGCAGUGCCUUAUUAUAAUGCUUCGUGAAAGUGUUCAAAGAGAAAGUAAUCAUUUAUUUUUGAUCUCUUGCGUAUUUUGUUAAGUGUAAAUAUAUAUAGCGUAAAAAAAACGUAUAUAGCUUACCGACGUAAACGCUUCGUGUGAAAUGGAAAAUAUAGUCGCGAGAAACGACAAAAUAUACAUUGCCCGUGCAUUUUUUCAGACGUUAAUUCGUGAUGUGUGCAACGAAGUGUAGCUUCUUUUUUUGUAACGAUAAAAAAGUUAUUCGUGACUAUAAGAAGUACGAGGAAAAAAAAUGCAAGCAACAUUUUUUUUCGUUUAGAUAUCAAAUUGUUUUUGACGAAAGGAAUUCCGAUGAAUGUAUUUAUCGCACGAGUGCCUUAAAAAAAACACCUAACAGUAUUUUUCAAAUGUGUUUACGCAAAUUUGUGUAUUAAAUUUUACUAAAAAAAAACGAAAUACUUUCACUUGUGCGUUGCAAUGUUCGAUAAAAUAUAAUAUUACUUAAACUGAAAAACUUGCUCAAAAUGACUCAUUUUUCGAACGAUCAUAUUUCUUACCACUGUUGUAUGUAUAGCUGAUAAUAGUAAAAUCGACUCUGAUUGAUAAAUUAGACUACAUGUAUGAAAAAUUAUCUACAUUUUUUGAAAAUAACAUUUUUAAGUAUCGAAUGAAAUUUCGUGCUAAAACGUUAAAGACCAAUGGACAGUGGGUUCAAUGUGCCUAAUAUUUUGUUCGAUGAAUAAAACAAAACAAAUUAGCGCGUGGAAGACGGAAAAUGUUGCCUUGACAGUUUUUUUAAAUAUCAAUGAAAUGUUUUACUUGUGUGAUGACAUGAAAUAGUUUUUAUUCCACGUGUGAUUGAAUCGAGUUUAUUUUAGUACAUAUCUAAUGAAGGAAACCUUUUUACGAGCAGAAGCUCAAAAAAUUAAUGAAAUUAUGAUAACAAGUAUUGAAGAUGUGACUUACACUAUUUUUGAAAAUAUGAUCAAUUCAUUCAACGACGAAACAAGGCAAAGUAAAUAGAUUUUUAGACAUAGAUUCGACAAAUCAUUUUCUCAAAAGCGCUACAUGCAUUGCAUUGAUUAUAAAAACUCUUAACGGCAUGAUACGCGAUAAGGUUUGACUUCCAUAAUUUUUAGAUCGUCUUACUUAGAUUUGUCACUUUCGUUUGUGAAUUACAUCGAUUUUGUUCCUUUUACAUUUACCUUAAGCACAUGUAAUACACAUAUCAUAAUAAUAUGCAUGGAAAAAUUUUGUUAAAGAAAAAAAUUUAAUCGAACGCGUGGGAUACGUGCAAAAAACUCUGUUGCACGAGUUUACAAAUAUACAUGUUAGCAUGAAGUGUAAUUUAUGUAGUUGUGGUAAAUGUGUGUUGGUCAAGACGGUAUUUUAAGAGAAAUAAUAAAAUCACCCAUAAUUUUGUUAUUUCCCGUGCGCAUUCUUGUUCAUUAUUGUUGGGCUAAACGUGGAUUCACGUGCAGUGAUAAUAAUCGCGUGUAAUAUUUUUCUAAAAAAAAAAAAAUCAGUUUUCUCAAAUGAACACCGGCGCUGAAUUAAUUUUAAAAAAAGAAUUACGACUUACGGUUAACACUAUUUUGCCUGUAUAGAUUAUAAAAAAAAAUCAGAGCUGUGAAUCCAAAUAAAAGUGUAAAUGUAAUUGUAAUUAAAUUAACUACUGCACGAAAUUGUAAUUUUAUUUGUAAGUUUAAGUGAAUAUAGUUUAAUUAUUAUAUAAUUAACUUUGAUACAAUUUAAGGCAACAAAUUUGUGAUGAUACACUGUUUUGAUUUUUGAACUUAGACACAUAUAGAAUAUAAAAAGUUACCAACUGUU